UAGCCGAGAGCUGAAGAGAAUAAAAAAAAACGGGCAAUAAUCCUAUUUUUUAUUCUUUACUCUUCGUUAUUACAGUUUGAUGUUAGCUGUCCAUAGACUGAUUAUUCCUCUUUGGCAACCUUUGUUAUUCCUGGCACUGUUGUAUUUAGUAAACAAACAAAAACAUGUGUUCUAACCUCAACUGUGAUACAAUGGUCGUCUAGUUUUAAUCAGAGCGCAAUUAGUUAAUACAGUGUUGAAUCCUCAUGAAAUUCCGUUUUGCACUGAUAUUGUUGUUACAUUUGUAUUGCUGUUGUAAAGGAGGGCAAAUUGUUUUGACAAAACAAAAUCUACAAAAGUAAUGUUUCAACCAUGGAGCUGGAUCUACUUGGUGUGUUUCCUGGACAUUUUCACUGCGGCGAUGAUCAUGUCAGCAUUUGGCAUACACUUACGUGCACAAGGAAUCUCACACAUGAAUAUCGGACUGUUCAAUUCCGUCUACAGUUUUGCUCAGCUUGUAUCUGCACCUAUUGUCGGCAGUUGGAGUGACAUCCAUGGGAGACGCCUUGUUCUUUGUCUCUCCAUUAUUGUAUGCUCUAUAGGUUAUAAACUUCUAGGUAUUACUACUUCGUUAUACGUUAUUUUAAUUGUUCGUUGUCUUAUUGGAAUGUUCAAACACGUUCAGACAAUAUGUAGAGCUUCUGUAGCAGAUAUUGUUCCUGCAGAGAGAAUGGCAAAUGUCUUAGGAUUGAUAAACAACUUCACUCCAUUUUCAUUCAUGUUUGGACCCGUUAUGACCGGAUUCAUUAUGGACGUUGAUGGUGGAUUUGAUCAUCUUACUACAAUAGUAUUGGUAACAUUUAUUCUCAACUUUUUAGUUGUUCUACUGUACUCAAAUACACCUGACAAUGCCGCUAUUAACAAAGACAUUUCACAAAAUAGUGGUUUUGUAGGCAAACUUACUGAAGUUUUCAAACCAUUGUUUAAUAUAAACUGGAACAAGUUAUGGUCCAUAUUUUUCAUAAAGUUUUUAUUUAUUUUGACGGACGAUAUGUUUUUUAAAAAUGUAAACAUAUUAAUUAUAGAAAUUUACGGUAUAACACCUCGAUACAUUGGAUAUACUUUUUCUUGUUAUUUCUUAACAAUGAUGUUGUUUAACUUAGGUGUUGACAAGAUUACAAAAUUGUCAAUGUUACCAAAGAAGCCUGCAAAAAUGAUAGUACUCCUACUUAUGUUGUUGUCAUUGUCUCUGUACUGGUUGUAUAUCGCUAGCAACUACACUCAGUUUGUAGUCGGUCUAGUGCCGAUGGCAUGUAGUAAUGUUCUAACUCGAAUAAUGUUGACCAAGAUGGUGUUAGAGCGGAGUGAUGAUAGUUGUAGAGGUUCUGUGAUAGGAGCUUCAAGCAGUGUAGCGGCUCUAGCUCGCACUAUCUCCCCUCUACUGUCUGGCCUAGUUAUAUCCUGGGGAGGAGUGUCUUUCGUGUUGUUAAUAUCUUCCCUUAUAUCUGCGAGUGCAGGUUUGUUAACGGUUUUCCACUCACACCAGUCGCAUACAAAAUUACAUUAAAAAUGUGUUUAAGACAAGUAAGUAGGGUCCAAAGGCUUAAAGGAUUAAGAUGUAGAUGAUUAAUAAUAAAUAAUAUAUACUAUAAAGAAGUAUUUAGUAAGUUCUUGAUGUUCUCGUAAUUGAUUUUGUAUUAGAGUUUUGGCUAUACUAUAUUUAAAAAUACUUUAUUUGUUAUCAGUAUUAAGGUUUUAUUGUUUUUUUUUUUCAUUUCUGAAUGACAAAUAGUCAAGUCUUUAUUUCCUGUAAAAUUUAUAAACAGCAAUGGAAACUGUGAAAGUAUUUCACCUCUAAUGUUAUUAAGUCCAUUGCCUUUAAAUUUCAAGAUGUGUCAGAAGUAUGAGUUUAAUGUUUCUUUUAGUGAGCCAAAAUGUUGGAAAGGUUUUUAAUUACAAUAGAUAGUCCAUAAUAAUUAUUGAAUAUGAGGUAAUUGGCUGGGCGUUAAGCAAAACCUCUCCAUUUGAUUGCUAAUGAACAAAAUCUUAUUUCUGUCUACCUGUACACAUGAUAAAUGUCAAACGAGUUGAAAUUUAGAAGUAUUAUUUUAUGUUUGUCAAAACGUUUUUCUGGUUAUGUUAGUCUUAUAGACAACCAUAUUGGCAAUAGAUAAAACACAGGUGAACAAAUUAGUUUACAAGUAGUUAACAGAGAAUAUUGUAAUCAUUAGUCAUAAAAAUUAGUUUUCAGUAACUUAUCAACAUGUGUGAUGAAAUCACUUUGUUGGAUUGGUUGGUUUCAUACAAAGCCUGAACGUUUUAACGUAACCUGCAAUCUCAUUUUCAUAACUAGCUAAACUAAAAAGGGCUUCUUUUAUUGUGUUAUGUUGACUGGGGUUACUAAUUAAAAGUGAGAUGGAUGGAGCAUGAAACUUAUGUGUGAUAGUUCAAACGUUUCUAUUAACUCGCUUUCUUGUCUGUUACACAUAUUUUAUUGACUUUUAACAACUAUGUGAAGACUUAGUGACUUGAAAUUUGUAACAUAGCUCAAAACUGCAAACCAGUGCUAUAAUAUGAAACUUAACACUUUUACAUAAUAAACACUAGAAUAUAUUCUUAUUUACUUCCUAGAAUAUCACCUGUAAAACAGAGAGAAUAUACAUUCUGCCACCAUCAAAAUUCAAUAGAUGUUUGUCACUGGAACAUACAGUUUUAUUUAUUUGCAUGAUUUCACAGUCACAAAUUAAUUCUGUUUGUAUCUACUUAUCUAUAGAAGGUGUAAAAUUAAAUGUUACUAUAAAUUUAUUCAUAGCAAAAUCUACAUUUGUGCCUUUAAAACGUUAUGAGCCAUUUUUAAUUAAUCACUACAAAGUUUAAUUGUCUGAGCAUUUAGCUAUAGUACAAGACAUAUCAUUGCAAUCCUGGUUUGUGGUAAAUAAACAGUUUUUUAAUGCUUUUAGACCAAGGAUAUUUUGUUUAAACUUCAUACAAGUAUUAAAGAUUAGUUUCUGGCAUUAGCACUAGUAUUAAAAUUAUUAAUUGAGAUCACUUUACAUUAUUAAUAAAUAAUAAAGCCAAACGUCCAGGCUUGCGAUAUGAUGUCUUGUACUAUAGUCUCUCCCACCAGUCGAUGAUGAAAGCAGAUUUCUGUUGUAGUGUGUGUCCGUAUGUGAGGUGAACUUGAAGCCUCCCACGAUGAUCUGUAGUCUGGCGAGCAUUAAUAUUUGUAUUAACAUUACAUUGAGAUUGAUUCAUAAACACAAUGCAGAAGUACACCUUCUGUGAAGUGCCUUUGUAAAAGGCUUUCCCAAGUUUCAAGGUCAUGGGAGUUUCAUAGACGGCGUUUUGGUGGGUUUAUCCAUUGUCUGAAAGCUACUUAUGCCUAAAAGUACUAAAAGUUGCUCUAUUCAUGCCAGGAGGACCGCUGCCCCUUUGGAUUCCACACUUUUUUGAGGUUAUCGAUAUAUUGUUGGUGGCGUACUUGUCUGAUACAGGAUAUCCUAUAAUGCUAAACAUAGUAUAUAGCUCAAUUCGUUCUCGAGAUAUUCCCCUUCACAAAUGUUUAACCAAAUCCUUUUCGAGGGACAUGCACCAUUACCAGAAUUAGUCCUGCGUAUGUAGAAAUGUUGUUAAUGUAAAUUUUCGAGUUUAUAGCUCAGUUCAUUCUUGAGAUGCUUACAAAUCUUUAAAACUCACUAUUUUUCAUCUAAAAUUUAGAAAAUGUCCUGGGGCAAGACCCCAGUAGGUGAAUACUUUUAAAUCCAUAAUUUUUUUCCUAAUGUUAUUACAAUUUAUAUUGUGUUUUUAAACUAAGUGUCCAUAUUUUCAUUCCAUUUGUUGAUAUAUUUAUUUUAGUCAUAUAGAAGACAGAGUAUUAUUUUCUGCAUGCAAAUUUUUUAUGGUUUAUAGGAAGUAGGCUGCUAUUCAUUCUUUAAAUUAAAAACUGUUGUUUUCAUAAAUUUAUAUUGUUAUUUUUGUAAAUUAAAUUUACUGUUAAUUUAAAUGACAAAAGUAUUAAGGUUAAUAGGUAGUUAUUGUUAUUAUUGAUUAUGGAUAACAAAUGGUCUGUGAUAUAUUGUUCUCUUCUUGAUAAUGCUAUGCAUGUACAAUUUUAUUGAAUAAAUCUUUACUUUUUUGA